UGACUUCAGCACGCUGUGUUCAGUAGAGGAACGAGGAUGAGUUUCACGGUAGUGUAGUCUCUGGGGAAGGAGAGUAGUAACUUGACUGUCGUGUCGUUGUGCACACUAAUGCCGAGGGGAAGGCAUUUUACUGCAGGGGUGCAUUCUCCAGGACAACAGUGAAACACACAAUGGAGGAGGGCCAAGAUUUCUCUCUUUGUGGUAAAGCAGCUGUAACUGAAGCUAAUCUGAGAGAUGAGUACUAUUGGAAGCUUGUUGCAGACUUCAUUGGUCCUCAAUCAGGGGAAGGACUCGAGCUUGAAAAGGCCCCAUGCAAGAAUAGACUUUUGAUUCAAGUAGGACUAAUGAGAGAGGACAAUAAUUUCCCGUGGAUUGCCGUUGUAGAUUGGCUCAUGAAAACCUUCCCCAGACAUCAGUCGGCUGACUUUCGUCGUUUGAUUGAAAGAGGCAUCGCAACGACAUUGAGUCUGGGGAGUGAUGCAAGGCUGACCUUCCUGGAGUCAGACGUCAACUUUAACUUUGUCGGCCCGAUAUGUGACAGCAUAGGAGUUGAACGGCAACAUCUUUUGGAAAUGAGGGAUUUUUCCGAGCGAGCGCAGUCAAUCGAAGUCACAAAUGGAUUGAUUCUCGAGUUGAGCAACUUUGUCACCAGAGAGAAAAUCGCACCGGUAGUUUUAGUCACUUGGCUCAGAAACUUCAACUCCGACUUCUGUAAGAAUGGGAAUAUUCAAAAGGCAUAUAAAGUCCUAAGGGCCAAGAUAAAAAAGUUAAAACUGCAUUACCGCAAUUAUGAGACAAGGAGUCAGAGGAGGAAUGCGGCGAUGGAAAAUCUGCGUCAGAGCCCAUUUGAACUGGUGCGGAAAAAGACGCCAAGAUUUAUUGUGAAGAAACGCAUGAAAAGAGACGACAUCAUACAGUAUGAAAAAGUUACAAUCAAGGAGGAACACGAGAGCUAUGAAAUCAUGCAAGUUGAGGAGUUUGAGAUGAACAGAGAAGGUGUGAGGAAAAUAAUACUGCAAGAUGAUGUCUCUGUACGCGAUGAAAGUGAUGAGGAUUUGGAUGAAUCCAACAGUGAAGAAGAAGAAACCUCAGAUGAAAAACAGGAGUCCCUGACUCUUCUCGACAUUGCCAUGGUGUCUGUCCAAAAGCUGUCAAGUAUGUACGGGGGGAACAACGAAGCGUGCAAGCAAGUUUGCUUGGAUCUCCUCAAAAAUCAGUAUGCUCUGACAUGCAAGGAGCAUCCGGCCAUGGCAGAGUUUGAGAAAAAACUUGACGCGCUCUGUGAGGACAUGUCACUCGUUUAUCCCGUGGUGUUUUUAAACUACAACGCUAAUUUCCUCGUCGCAAUGCACGACGCCGUGGAACAGCUGAUCAUGAGCUUUGAAAAAGAGAUUAUGGUUUCGUCGGGAGAGGAACUCGGCCGUGACAAACUCCCAAAAUUCAAGAACUUUGUUAAUUUCUCCGAAAGUGCCACUUCGCGCUACAUCCACAUGGCUUGUGAUGUCUUGAGCCCCAGCAGCCCCGGCUCGCAGAACUACAGGAAACACUGGGUAGCUUUCUGUGAGGAAAAGAAUAACCCUUCCAGACUUGCAGUAAAUCAAUCGAACCAAUUCACCAACUACUUCGAAGCCGCGGCGGGUCUCACCCACCAUCACAAAGAGAUGGCUCUCUUCUUCUCUGAUUUGCUGUCGAUGAACAACGACGAGUGCCCGAACAUUAUUCUGGAGUGUGUGGCCGCUGAUGCCAACGACUCUGUGAUACAGAGCCUUGUGUGUGUUCUGGCCAUCGUUUACUGCAAAAUCCUCGGCCCUUACUGGCAACUCCUGAAAAGCGGAGGCGAGUACUCGCUCUUCAGCCAGUACAUGCUCUGUCUCUACCAAAAGUUCCUCGAUUGGUCCAAAGAUCCCUCAACACUGCUGGAACCUGAAGGGGCCACAAAUGUUUUUCUGCAGUUCCCCUUGCAGGAGAAAACCUUUGAUGGAGUGUUUCAUUUCUGUGGCCAGUGGCACACGAAUAGGGACUUAAUCAGAGCUUGCUUGAAGAGGACGGUAAAGGUGAUUGCUGCUGUCACUGAGGAACACUUGAAGGAUUUUCUGCCAGGAGGAACAUUUUCUCAGGUCCCUUCACCAGAUCUGAGUUUACAACUGGUGAGUUGCACGUUCUCCGUCUUGAUGGCGGAGUAUCCCUCCAGCCAGGCGAACCCCAACAAGUCCACCAAACGCUCGUCAUGCAAGAGCUUGGAAAGCUCUCAGGAAGAUGAUGGCCAAUCUGGUUCAUCUGAUUACAGCACCGAUGAAUCUUCCGGUUGGCGAGCGAAAAAGAAUACCCAAAUAGUGCAUAAGGACGCGCACAGUCCUCAGAUGACCAAAGUUCCAGUUGUAAAAAAAGAAAAGGUACCAAAGGUACCCGAAGAGCGUGAGGAGAACAUGGAUAGGGACUACAUAAUAGCCACAGUGAGCAGGAACGGGGGCCCAUGCAAGACGCAGCAAGAUGUCGACAAAAUGAUGCUGCGCUUUGACGGGAAACCCCGAACUGAGAAGCGGGAAGCAGUCCGUUGUGAGAUCUUGUACCAGAAGAUGGUUCUGAACAACACGGACAGGAACUUGUACUGCGUCUUCAGCAACACCACACAGAUGGUGUUGAAGCUGAAGCUCUCACUUCCUCGCGUUAAACCUGGAUACUCUCUCGUUUGGGCGCCCAGAAAGACAAAAACAAAGCCUGUGCUCCAUGACGCGACGGAGGCUGCAACUGGUUGGAAUGAAAACUGCAGCACAUGAGAACUUUCAUUGCAUCUAAAAGAAAUUUGAUAUUGAGGGAAGGAGAUUAUUGAGUGAUUUCCUCAUAUGAUUUUACAGUUGCAAAGUAAUCAGAAAUGCACACAAUGACCUCAAUCUUUCCACAAAAAUAUCAUGUAUUAUUCUCAAGAUACCAGAUUCAGCUGUCAUAUUUGUGUUACAUACUGUAUGGUCAAUGCCAAUAAUUGAAAUUAUGAGGUUUGAUUUUGUGGCUAUUAUACUUCUGAUAUUGCCGUAUAAUAUGCAAGGUGCUGUAUUGUAACAAGGCUUUUUAAUAAAGUUACCUUUUUUAGUUGCUGAUAUUGAAACUUAUAUUUUUAUUCAAGGUCAGUCAAUAACCACUGCUGACCUAAAAUAUGUAUGCGCC